UUCGCAACGGAGCUAAGCUUAGCUAGAGGCUAGAGCAAGAGAGAUUUGCGCGAUGGGGUGUGGGAAGAAGAGGGCGGCGCUUGCGUCCCUGUUCGGGUUCAAGAACAAGAGACAGGAGGAGGAAGAGGCCACGGCGGCGACGCGGCAACAGCAGCAUGCGGCGGCACCACCGCAGCAGAGGUACCAUCAUCACAGGGUGCGGCCGAGCGACGACGACGACUACGCCCGGCACUGGUACGCCGAGCGCGACAUCGACUGGAAGGCCUCCGAGUUCAUCGACAAGGUCCACCGCCGGAUGCUCGCCAACGAGCAAGACGGAUAGUACAACAUGCCGAUGGAUCCAGCCGUGUGGGUGGUCUAUCUGGUCGAGCUUUGCUGCUAGCUACGUCGUGCAUGCAGGCUAUGUGUGCAUGGUUGCCUUUUGUGUGUGUGUGUGUGUGUGCGCGCGCGCGCGCGAUCAAUUGCUUUGUUUUGACUGGGUACAUGCUUUGUUGUUUCCAUCUUGUCGGAUGUGUAUGUAACUAUCUGAUGGGUAUUUUCCUAAAUUUACAGAUGCCUGGAAUGUAUAUAAACUAAUAAAAAAGUUGAGCAGUACUUUUACCCUUA